AUGAAAAAAGGAGUUGAUAUGUUCAUGGAGGGCUCCAAAUGGAUUGCUAGCAAAAAUGGUAACCUUUCCUUUUGGUUUAACAAAUGGCUUUCUAGAGGUACAAUGAGGAAUCUAAUUGAAGGGCCUUUGAAUCAAGGUGAGGACCAGUUACUGCUCAAGGACAUUGUGGGGUUUAAUGGUUGGAAUUGGCACGCUCUGUCCUUUAUUUUCAAGCAGUUGGCUCUUGAAAUUAAAGCUACUCCUCUUCCCUUUUCAUCAACUUGUGAGGAUAGGAUCUCUUGGAUAUCCUCCACAAAUGGAGAUUUUGACAUCAAGGAAGCCUAUAAGAUUGCAUGUACGGAGAAAUCAGUAAGUGACCAUAAUCUUUUCCAUGGUUCUUGGGUGUGGAAAGUCCUAUUGCUUCCAAAGGUGCAGUGCUUCCUUUGGCAAUGCUACCAUCAAAGUAUCCUAUCUCAUGCAUUGCUUGCUGUAAGAGGGAUCGACAUUGACCCUCUUUGCCCACUAUACAGAAAUGCAGUGAUGUUUAAUGAUGGUAGGACCCGAGGAUCUGUGAGGGAAAAUACCAUUUUGCAAGUGAUGGAAUUUGUUUUCCUUGGAAUUAAUGAAAAGCAUGCAGCUAGCUGCAACACCAUCCAAGUAAAAUGGACCAAACCCCCUACAAACUGGUAUAAGGAAAACUCUGAUGCGUCAUCCCUAGGCAACCUGGAUCUUGCUAGGGGAGGUGGUCUCAUUAGAGAUGAAAUGGGGAAGUGGAUCAAAGGAUAUGCAAGAGCAAUUGGCUUAACCACAAGUGUAGCAGCAGUGCUUUGGGCACUAUGA